GCAGCUGAUUGGCUGACACUUGGAUGCAGGAUGCUUCCUUGGGUCUGAGCGGGUCAGCCUGCAUUGCGCAGCCCAGCGGCAGCAUGGACGGGACUGGGGCGAAUGUGUGGGCGGACACCUUUGCCCAACUCAUGGCUGAGAGAAAGCCCCAGGAUUUCUGGGCUCUGCUUCCCCAGGACAGUCUGGUCACUGGGCACGUAGACCACAGUUGUCUCCAGUACUGGCUGAAGGGGCUUUCGAGGCUCCAGUGCAACCGCUGUCCCUGGACCUGGGGCUCUGCCCAUGUACGCAUUCUCUUCCGCCUGUGGUGGGACAGGGAUCAUCGCCGGGGGCAUGUGAGGAUGCGCCUGUGGGGCCCGCAGUGCAGGCUGUGCCCACCGGACGCCCCUGGGGAAUGCCAGGUGAGCCCUUCCCACAUCCGGCCUCUCCUCCGAGAGCUGGUCCUGCACAUCCUGCGGACCUGCUAUGGAGACAGCCCAGGCCAGGGCUCCAAGAGCCGUGCUGGGGAUGGCUGCGAGGCCUGUGAGCUGGGCAUCUGCUUCCUCCAGAAGGAGCCUGAGCCCACCAGGGGGCCCUUGACCAAGAGCAUGAAAGCUUUGCAAGGUAGAGGCUCUGGGCAGGGCAGUGGGGCCACUGCAGCUGGCCAGAGCCAGCUACUCCAUCCUGGAAGUGGCCCCCUGGCCAAAAAUGCCAGAGACCCCAAACCAGUCCCCAUUCUGGUGAUUGACUUCAUGGAGGAGCCUUUCUCUGAGGACAGCGACUUCUUUGACGAGGGUGACCCCAUGGUCACCAUUCCCUUCUCCCUCCUGGACACCGCGGAUGGCCAUGGUCUUGAGCUCGGGGACGUCAUUGGCCAGGGAUCCAUCUGUCUAGCAGGAAGCUCCAGGGCUGUGCCCGAGGGCCUGUGCAUCCCAGUGCACUUCAGAGCUCCCAUCUUCCCUCUCCCGGGGAGCAUCCUGGAGACCUUUGAGCUCCCAGGCUUCCUCUUUGGGAGCCAGGGCUCCCUACCCAGCCCCGUUGGCAUUGCUAGGGGCCAGGGCCCCAUCUCCUUCAGCGCUGGCUGCCUGGCUCCUGGGAAUGCCUUUCCCUCUGUGUCCUAUGUCAUUGGCCUCCUGCCCAACGGGGUGGGUUCCAUCACUCUCCCUUUGUCUCUAACCAGCAUCUUCAGGGGCCAGUACAGCCUCACCCAUGUAACUGAGGGCAGGGAGAAGGGAAAUAGUGCCCAGAGCUGCACCACUGAUGGUCACAGUUCCCCUCUGGAAACACACUCAGAGAACCGUGCUGCCAGUAAGGGCAGCCCUGUCACCUUCCCCUUCACCUUUACUGACAACGCCCCAGGCAAUGACUCUCUUAGUGACACUGCCAGAGGGAGAGAGAAGGGAACCAGUGCAGAGGGCCCAGUGUCCGGUGUCAUCAGUCAGGGCUCCAUCACCAUCCCACCCUCAGUCCUCAGGAGAGUGGGGAGCAUGGGCCUUAGCGACCCCCAGCGCCAUGGCUUCAUUACCUUCCACCACUACAAGAGGAGAUGGCUGAGGUCUGGGUCCAGCAUGUCCAUCAUGGAGGAAGGUGCUGGCCCCCGCAGGGCUCGUCGCAGGCCCCGCUCUGAGCGGCGCCAGGAUUUCUGGCUCUGGGUGUCUGUGACUAUCUGUGCCUUGUGGCUGCUCUGUAUGUUUAAGCUGAACCUUGCUGGCCUGUAGAAGCUUGACACUCCCUGUGGCCGCCCUUGGCCCCUUCUCCCAGGGAAAAUGUUCCUACUCCCAGCCGGAAACUGGUGCCUGCUUCUUGGACCUAUGUCCCUAGUCCAUUUCUUGAUAUGAGUGCUGGUUUUGUGGAUGUCCACUGUGAGUAUCCUGUGAACUGUAAACCUGUGUUAAGCUCAAUAAAACAAAACCAAGCCCAGUG